CUGAUGACGUCAGAUACGGAAGUAAACAAAACAACGAAGAGCCCGCUGAUCGUCGCUGCGUCAAAAUGUCGAAAUCAAACCUGAGGCAAACGUUUCUGAAACCGCUGAUUCCCUUCGCUGGGACCAUCCUGGGGGGGCUGGUCCCGGGGGAGAUGGUCCUCAUCCAGGGCUCCGUGCCGCCAGGCGCCGACAGGUUCCAGGUGGACUUCACGUGCGGCAGCAGCGUCCACCCGAGGGCCGACGUAGCUUUUCACUUCAACCCCCGGUUCCAGAAGUCUCCGUGCAUCGUGUGUAACUCACUGCAGGGGGGGCGCUGGGGCCGAGAGCAGAUCCUGAACCAGAUGCCCUUCACCACCGGGGGCGCCUUCGAGCUCAUCGUGCUCGUCCUGAAAGACAAGUUCAAGGUGGCUGUGAAUGGCGUCCACGUGCUGGAGUACAAACACCGUCAGGAUCUGGAGCGAGUCGACACUCUCUGUGUUUCUGGAAAGGUCAGCGUGGAGGUCGUGGGCGUCGCCCCCCCGAACGCCUUGAGUCCGAGCUCUGCGACGCUGAGUCAUGUGACUCGACAGCCGAUUUCCUCCUCAACAGGCAGCUUGAGCGUUCCCUUCAGGGGGGAUCUGGGGGACGGACUGAGUGUCGGACGCAGCAUCACGAUCACAGCAGAAACUCAUCACAACGCUCAAAGUUUCUGUGUGAAUCUUGUGACGUCGAGCGGCAGCGACGUGGCUCUGCACCUGAAUCCUCGUCUGAAGCGCCGCCGCCUGGUCAGGAACUCCUUCCUGUCCGAGUCCUGGGGCCCGGAGGAGACGGCGCUGGACUCCUUCCCCUUCGCUGCAGGACAGUACUUUGAGAUGAUCAUCAGGUGUGAAGCUCAGCAGUUCAAAGUCGCUGUGAACGGCCUCCACCAGCUGGACUACAAACACAGAGUCCAGGAGCUGAGGAGCAUCAACCAGGUGGAGGUGCAGGGAGACGUCACGCUGCUCGACGUCAACAUCUUCUGAAGCUCCUCCCCCUCCUCCUCCUCCUCCUCCUCCUCAUUAAUGAGUCUGGACCAUGUUUUCAUCCACAAACAGACGUCACCUUACAAACUCUUUUCUUUCUUUGUCUAAUAAACUGAUCACAUGA